AGGAGCGACCUUUGCAGAGCGUUUUUGCGUUUUCUGCGAUGUGAGGCACCUGCUUUUACAAGCGUAGUACUACUCUUUGUCUUUCCCAAAUCGACGUUGUCAUGAUAAUCAUCUGCAACUAGUGGUUGUGACACCAAGUGCAUCAACUACAACGCCGCCAAAGAUCUAGACCGUGGCGUCGAGAUCGGUUUUGGCACUGUAUUUCUGGAUUAUGGGCGUGUGUGCUAGUGUGUUUUCGUCUCGUUUUACCGUGUGUAGGAGUUGCAUCGCGCUUCGAGCAGGAGCAGGCCCGCGGAAAUAGUAGGUUAUUUUCAACAUACAUUAUUGCCUCCAGUACCAUGCUAUUGAUGCAGAGCGGCCCCCAGAGCUCGUCGUAUCUGUUGCUGUAGCAGACGGAGCCAUCAAGGGAAACACCACGAUCUCAACCCUCGACCAGCCUCACCAUGUCUGAUCAACAAGCUUCUGGUGACGAUUCCCCCGCCCUGGGUGCGCUGGAUAUUUUCAUCGUCGCCAUGUCUCUUGUGGGCGCUUUGGGUGUAGGAUUUUACGUUUCCUCGUCGAAGAAGAAGAACAAAGACGACCAGGAGGACGAACACGAAGCCGAAGACUACUUUCUCUCUGGGCGCGCGAUGCCGUGGUACCUGGUGGGAGCGUCUCUAUUUGCGUCGAAUAUCGGCGCCGAACACUUUGUCGGGAUGGCGGGAACCGCGGCGUACGACGGACUGGCCGUUGCGCUUCACGAGUGGUUGCCAAUCUACCUGAUCGUUCUGCUGGGGUACGUCUUUUACCCAGUCUACUGCACGAGUGGCGUUACCGGCUCCACUACCGAAUUUUCAGCGCCUAGUACCAGCGCGGGAACCCUUCGCGAGCAGACGACCGAAGAGUUACAGUACAUCAAGUCCCCCGAGGUAAAAACAAGCCACAGUUUUGGAUCGUCUCCGUCCCCAGCGAGUAUGAUGCCUUCCGGAAGUAGAACUGCGACUGCAAGUACUAGCAAAGGCGUGCUGAAGAUGACUCAUAUUGAGAUGCAAGAGAUUCAACUGGAAGAAGACAACACAUUUCGAUUUGAUCCCAGUGCUGGAGCGGGAACAAAUACAAAGAUUCUUGAGAAAACGCAAAGGCAAGGCACUUCAAGUUUCAUGUUUUUGGCGGACGCCAAUGCUGUCAUCCCGGAAACCGCGAGCAGUGACUCCUCGUCCCCAACGGCACCACGGAAAAGCAGCACAAGCUCCAGUAGCUCAAGCUCAACCGCAGCGACAAAAGCAACAAUCACGGGCAGAAUCACGAACACAUCCUCUUCUACUGCUUUUGUUGACGGUGGAUCAUUCGGAGUGUUGCAGAAUGAAGAUCAUGCUACAAUCAGAAACGGUAGCCCGAUACUGGUGCGCGGAGUCGAAGGGAAAAGUCGCAGUUACCACCUUCACGACUCGCACAAGGACAAUUCGUACAGAGUCCAAUCCACCUUGCACCCAAUCGCCACCAUCGGCGAGUACCUCGAGGGGCGGUUUGACGGGCGACUGCGGCGCGGCUUGGCGGUUCUCUGCUUGAUCACCUACAUUACGACGAAAUCAGUCAUGACCCUCUACGCCGGCGCCCUGCUGUUCGAGGUGUUUUUCCCGCUCGGUACCUGGUACUCCGUGUACUUCUGGUCUGUCCUGCUGAUCGGUCUGUGCUCUCUCUACACCAUCCUCGGCGGGCUCCGGGCGGUGAUGAUCGUGGACGCCGUGCAACUCACGAUUUUUUUCGCGGGCGGCAUCGUCGGCCUGGCGGUGGCGCUGUUCACGCUGCACACCAAGCACGACACCACGCUCGGCGCCAAUGUGCCCUCGUAUUUCCUGCACGUCUGGCGGGACCAGGGGCCCUACGAGGCCCCAGCGCCCCUGUUCGGCAUCAUCUGCGUGUCGCUGUACUACUGGUGCUUCGACCAGUUCAUGAUCCAGCGGGUCCUCUCUGCGAAGUCCGGCUACCACGUCCGCCGCGGCGUGCUCUUCGCCGGGCUUCUCAAAAUGUUCUCCCCCAUCCUGAUCUGCUUCCCAGGGAUGGUCGCCAGGGCGCUUUACGAAUUCAACUGCAGGGAAAGGUAUAGAUACAACUAGUACGACUGGGCUCUUUCCACAUUUUCUCUUUUUGGAAAAAUGACGCAUAGUCAGAAACAGAAUCAGAAGGAUCCGCCUAAUUAACCAUGACCUCUAUCAGAACAAAAACUUUUACUUUCUAUACCUAGCUCCCCCGCCGCGCCGCGAUCUUCCAAGUGGUGUGCCGAGGACUUGUCGAACCCUCGGGAGGCGAACAAGGCUUACCUGUUGCUCGUCCUGCGCGAGUUCCCCGUGGGCAUCAAGGGCAUCAUCCUCUCGAGCAUGCUGGCCGCGAUGCUGUCGUCGCUCUCGUCCAUCUACAACUCGGCGGGGAGCUUGGUGACGCUGGAUCUGUACCGCCACUACCGGCCCCACGCCAGCGAGAAAGAGUGCGUGUACGCCGGGAAGGUGUGGCAGGUGAUUAUGACGUUGUUAACGCUGUCCAUGCUCCCUUUGGUGACCCGCUCCGACACCAGCUUUUACCUCUACGCCCAGGAGAUCAUGGGGCACCUGAUGCCCCCCUUGGUGGCGCUGUUUCUGUGCGGGAUGUUCACCUCCGUCGUGAACACCGAGGGGGCUUUGUCCGGGCUGCUAUUGGGCGCGGCGAUCGGCUGUAUCCGCUUCGCCACCCGGUCGAUCGUGUUCCUGUCGUAUGGCGGGAACAAUGUCUGCACCGCACGAGACACAGAACAAGACAGCGAAACUAGCAGAGCGGGGGAUGAAGAACCAACGACCACCGUGACGAACAGCACUACGCUCUCGGGAACGACGCCUGGAGCGGCCGCUGACGCAACAACUACCACGUUUACCAGUCCUCUGCUGCAGGACAGCUGGUGGAUAUGUGAGCGCUUCUUCUGGUUUUCGACGGAGCUCUUCCUCUUUUCGCUCUUGACCAUGGUAUUCCUGUCCGUCACGCUGUUCCGUGACAAGCCGCCCUCGACCUCGCAGCUGGAAGGCAGAACAGUGUACUCGGUGCUGCGCUUGUCGCGGAAGAAGGGGACCAGUCCCAGCCGGCGCAACCUGAGUUUCUUCACGCGGAGCAAGAAUCUGAUGUCUCGUCGCUCCAGUUCGUCAUCUUCGAGAAGUAAUAUCCACUCUUCGCCCGUAGUGACCAAGCGGAAGAGUGGCUACUCCAGUUUUGAAGACGAAGAUCCGGAGCCCAUUGGCGCGCCAACCUCCUCUUCGUUGAAACGCUCCGACAGUGGCGAUCAUCUCCGCGAGGACCUGGCAACCACGUCCUGUAGUGACCUCGGUCACACCAUAACUGUAGUGGUGCAUCGCACCAGCGCCUCGCCAGAAUUGAACGCCUCGUCCUCGUCCCGUGCCUCUCCGUCGUUAGGCAACACGCCUGCGGAGAAAAUAGUACAACUACCGUCGUCGUGUCGUCUAGAGGAAUCUUCUAGCCGGAACUUUUCCGAACGUGGAAGUGGAAGAGCAGGACAAGAGCACAGUAGUAACGCAGCCACUGAUGUGGAACAUCAUGAGAACGAAAGGAAGAAUCAUGAGCUCCUCUGUGCAACGAGCUACGAGACGGGUCAAGCAGUAUUGCUUCUCUUGUGCGUGACUGGUGUCAUUCUCUUUUUUUGGUAGCUUACGCGGCCGCGGCGAGUAGGUUCUAUUUAAACCUCUACUUGCAGCUUCCAAUAACAUGCUACUUCAUUUUUUUUUCGUAUACUACCUCCCUACGUGUGACAAUAAGUAAGCGAUAAGAUCACGAGCACUGCAGAUUGGCGGCAGCCUCAGUGCUGUCGUGAAAAAAAAAACUGAAAUAUUAGAUAUUAACGUACCGCGAAAAGAUUUUUCUAGUCCGUCUACAUGCACAUGCCCAUACUUGUUCAGCAGUCUCACGUCUGCACCUUCAGGGGAAAAUUAGGUCAAACGAUAAAGACAAAGAGCGCGAUGUUUCACGCCAACAUCUUGAUGUUACAUUUUGGUCCUGAUGAACGUAGCUUCAACUCAACAU